GUUCUUUUGCUAUAGAUUCACCGUCUCCGCAUAACGAACCCGUCAGACGUGCCCCUACUGGUUCAGCCAGUUUUCCUCAGUUACUAUACUCACCCGCAAACCAUCAUCGACUCUCUAUUGGACCGAUUCGACCCACGACUACGAAAUCUCAACUUUUCUCAUUUGUCAAAUUCCUUCAGUUUUGUAUCUAGUGCAUCACCUGAGACAGCCCUGGCCACAACGUUACUGCCUCCACACAGCAAACUGUUUGAAAUGGCGGUUGCUUUCAGUCCUAAAGUAGACCAGGAGUUGAAUACGCUGCUUUUGUUGAGAAACAACUUGACUGUGUUUGAUUACGUCAUUGUGCAGGGGAGUGGGGUUCAGGGUUCAUUUGCUAUCGACAGUGUCCAUCCCGGCACUGAACCUCUCAUGUUUGAGUUCCCCAACUCUGUCAUGGAGAACUGUCUAGCUGGUACUGUUGUGGACCCGCUAACAGAUCCCCUCAAGCUCACCAAGACCUUUAGAAUGCAUAACUCUGGCUCCACCUCCAUCACAUUGCGUAUCAUCGGACUGGAGGGUGGCAGUUGUGAGGGGAGAGGCUUCGUUAUCUCUAACUGUAACAAGGACAUCACCAUUAAACCAAACCGAUCAAAGAAAAUUGAAAUAACGUUCACUCCAGAUUACACACUGACCCAAGUCUCCACCACUCUACGAUUACAAACCUCCACUGGCAACGAGUUCCUCUACCCUCUACUAGCCAUCCUCCCCCAUCAACUAUUAGCGGCGUGUAUUGCCUUACAGCCUCGGCCCGAAUGGGAGAAAACACUGGCCUGGUUGUCUGUACCGUUUUGGCUGCUUGUCAUACUCUGCCUUGUAGCUACAGUAUUCGUGCAGACCAAGUUCGGAAUGAGGAGCAGUAGUUCUGUGUCCUAUAAAAGUGAGGCGAAAGCAACGAAAGGCUCCGGAGAAGUAUUCGAUUUGAAGAAGUUGUCAAAGUCUAUGGAUGUGCUGUCCAAGAAGGUCCAGGAAUUAGGAGAGAAAAGUUCUAACCAGAAGUCUGAGUCCACUGGUCAAUCUAUGAAAAUUGAAGUAACUCGAGAGCCUCCUAAACCCUCUACCGAUAAGAACACUCCCGUAUCUAAACCUAAGCCUGAGCCGCUAGUAACCCCCACUACUGCUCAAGAAAUACCCACUCUCAGACAUCGUGUGGUACAAAACAAGAUCGAGAGAAAACCAUCAUCACAGGAAACUAUCACCUCAUUGCAACCUGUUCCGUCUAGAUCACACACGGCUGUUACUUCCACGCCGAAGGGAAUGUCCCUCAAGAUCCCCAUUGCUCCUGUUACUGAGCCGAGUAUCAUCUCCCCACCUAGAACAGGCACAGUCAAUCACACUGGAGCUAGAGAGCAGACCCAGCCUUGUACUCCAACCACCGGUGCACCAGCGCAACUCUGCUCAUCCCCUACCAAACUGAAGCGUAGCAGCGAGAAAACCAUCCCCGAAAAAACCGUGUCCAAAGGCGAGAUCAUUUCAAAAACACCCACGGAAACUAAUCCGAGCUCUCCACCAGCGAAUGUGAGAAAAUCAAAAAUCGUACGAAAAUUGAAGCCUCUAAAGAUAACACCUGAUAGUUCACCCCUCCCCCCGUCCGGACGGAAGGAGCUGGAGAGGAAGGUCUCGGAGAGUAGCAUUGUUUCUAGCAACAGUGAUUCGGCAUCUACGGGUACCGACAAGUCGGAGGAAGUGGAAACACCUAGCCAGGUGGUUACUGUGGUAGCUGAAGUGAAGAAGCCUCCACCACCUGUCACCAAGGAGCCCAACACUGGCCAGACCAUCCAUCCUCCCGACACGCCCGAGAGUACAGAGGUCAUGUCACCAAGAACAGAACUGGUCGACAAGAAAGAACCACCGAUUAGUACCGUUCGGAUGAAAGGAAAGAGGAAACCUCGACAACAGAUCAAGAAAGAGGAAAAAGCUUGUAAAAAGGAGAGAGGGAGAGACAAAGAACGAGAGAAAGAAAAGGAUACGGACGAAACUGACGCUAAGCAACUAGUUGGUUCAUUUGAAGAUUCCUCUUCGUCUAAUUCCACUGAGCAACUUGACAACGACAGCACACCUCCUCUUAAAGAUACGGUACAAACUGAAACUGAAACCAACGUGCAAUGUGACAAAACUACUGAGAAUGAACUCAAUAUAUUAUUGACGUAUCCCCAAACAAGGGCAAUGAAAUACCGGUACUCGUGUCCCCAGCUGUUCCCAGUACUGCCAUCAAGACUGGUCGUACAACUAAGACCACAAAACAAGAAACUAAAGAGACGUUCACUGACUCGUUUUCAAGAACACCAGAUCAAGCCGCCACUUACGGUACUAAGAAAAUCAGUACUGGCAAAAAACCUUCCGAGAAAAUUAAAUCACCCGUUGUUGAGAAGAUCACACAACUAGUUGAGGACAAUCUUCUCGAACACCAGCUGAAAUCAGAUGAAAACGUUAGACAGCGGCCACAAACUCUGCAUGUUGUACCUAUCAUAAG